AUGUUGUGUCCUUGGUGGUAUCACGUCAAAUAUGCCCAAAACGAUUACCGUCCGAAGAAAUCCAAAAAAUGGAUGUUUAGUUCUUCUUUAUUUAUUUUUAAAUUUUCUAAAACUGAAGUGGUGAUUGGUUUGAGGCAUUAAUUUGCUUUGAAGGGAAAAAAUAUAUCCGCGCCAUCCUAUACCAUAUAUAUAAAAGUUGAAUAUUUGCAUUUUCAAGCACGCAUCCUAUGCACGUUUGAUGGGUAUAAAUGCAGCCUCUGUGCUUAACCGUCUGCUUCACAACAAUACCCGCAAGCCCAAUCCUUUUCCCAACAACUUCAAAGCCACUAUCAAGACUGUCCUUUCUCAUCUCAAUGCUGGUCGCCUCCAGAAAGCUGUUUCCAUAAUCUUUACUUCUCCUGUACUUUUCCCCUUUUCUCUUUAUGCUCGCCUUUUCCAGAUUUGCUCUUUGAAGCUUGCCAUUGUUGAGGCCCGAAAGCUUGAAUCCCAUUUAGUUACCUUUUGUCCUGUGCCUCCCACUUUUCUGCUCAACCGGGCAAUCAGCACUUACGGUAAAUGCGGAUGUUUGGAUGAUGCAAGGGAGCUGUUUGAGGAAAUGCCUCAAAGAGAUGGGGGCUCUUGGAAUGCAAUGAUCACAGCAUAUGCGCAAGGUGGGUGUGCUGAGGAAGCAUUGUUGUUGUUUUCAUGCAUGAAUAGAUCGGGGGUUUCUGCUAAUGAGAUCACAUUUGCCAGUGUUCUUAGGUCUUGUGCUGCGCUUUUAGAACUAUUCUUAUCGAGGCAGAUACAUGGGCAUAGUGUGAAGUAUGGAUUUUGCAGGAAUGUAAUUUUGAAAAGUUCUCUUGUUGACAUAUAUGGUAAAUGCCUGGUUAUUGGCGAUGCGCGUAGAAUGUUUGAUGAGAUCCAAAAUCCAAAUGCCAUUUCUUGGAAUGUGAUUGUUAGGCGGUACCUUAAGAUAGGCAAUGGACAAGAGGCUGUGGCUAUGUUUUUCAAGAUGAUUGAAGCAGAUGUUACACCAUUGAGUUUUACAUUCUCUAGUGCUCUUAUAGCUUGUUCAAGUCUAUGUGCAGUCAAGGAGGGUAUUCAAAUCCAUGGCAUUGCAAUUAGGAUUGGUUUUGAAGAAGAUGAGGGGUUGUCUAGCUCUCUCAUUGAUAUGUAUGUCAAAUGUGGAGAUCUAGAAAGUGCUUGUAGGAUUUUUGACCAACCUGGUUCAAAAAAUUUGAUAUCUUGGACGUCAAUAGUGUCAGGGUAUGCAUUGAGUGGGAGAACUAGAGAAGCAAGGGAACUCUUCAAUCAGAUGCCAGAAAGGAAUGUGAUCUCAUGGAAUGCAAUGUUGACAGGAUACACGCGUUUCUUCCAAUGGGAAGAGGCCUUGGGUUUUGUUUUUCAUAUGCGUGAAAAUACUAACAACAUUGAUGUCGUCACUCUUGUUUUGAUUCUAAAUGUGUGUGCUGGACUUUCUGAUGUUCAACUAGGGAAACAGGUUCAUGGAUUUAUCUAUCGACACAAUUUGUUUAGUGACGUCCUUGUUGGCAAUGCCCUCCUUGACAUGUAUGGGAAAUGUGGAAACCUAAGAAGCGCUAGAGUUUGGUUCUACCAAAUGAGUCAUUGGAGGGAUAGAGUUUCUUGGAAUGCUCUCUUGACUAGCUGUGCUCGUCAUGGCUUGAGUGAAGAAGCUAUGAUGAUUUUCUCAGAGAUGCAAUGGGAGACAACUCCGAGUAAAUUUACAUUUGGAACACUUUUAGCAGCUUGUGCAAAUAUUUUUGCACUUGAGCAGGGCAAACAAAUUCAUGGGUUUAUGAUUAGAAAUAAUUAUGAGAUAGAUGUUGUGAUCAGAGGGGCUUUGGUUGACAUGUACUCCAAAUGCCGUUGUCUUCAGUAUUCUCUCAAAGUUUUUAGGGAGACAACUUCAAGAGAUGUGGUUCUUUGGAACACCAUGGUUUUGGGAUGUUGUCACAAUGGAGGAGGGAGUGAGGUACUUGAACUGUUUGGGCUGAUGGAAGAGGAGGGGGUUAAACCAGAUCAUGUAACCCUUCAGGGAAUUUUGCUUGCUUGCAUUUGUGAGGGUCUAGUUGAGUUGGGGGAGAAGUAUUUCAAUUCAAUGGGCAAAGAGUACUGUAUCACACCUCGAUUGGAACACUAUGAGUGUAUGAUUGAACUCUAUGGCAGGCAUGGGUUUGUGGAUAAGCUUGAGGAUUUUGUAAAGAGCAUGCCAUUUGAUCCCACUGCCGCAAUGUUAAUCAGAGUCUUUGAUGCUUGUAGAGAACAUGGGCAUUUGAGGUUGGGAGAGUGGGCUUCUAAACAGCUUAAUGAAUUGAAUCCACCAGUUCCAUUCCAAUUUGAAAUCUUGGACAGAGCUUGAGCAUGGGCUGCUAAAUAUAUUAAUGAAAUGAAGCCUUCAAUUUCAGUCGUAUUUGAAUUCUUGGACAUAGCCUGGUGAUGGCUGCCAAAUGGCUUAAAACAUUGAAUCCUUCAUUUUGAUUUCCGACUGGAUUUCUUGAAUAGAGCAAUAUUGUGCAAUUUGUUUUGACCAAAACUGCAAAUUGCAGGGAAUUAUUUUUUGAAUUUACAAUGCAGUCACAUGCGUAGCUGUGAUUGGAGUCUGGACAUCUAGACUUUGCAUUCUCAAAGUUUUAACUGUGGGCAGGCCAUGGAACAUAUGACUCUGCUAAUUGAUGUGCACAUGGUGAACUUUACCAACUUAUCAAGCGAGAAGCUUUUGGAAAAAUAUCUUUUGGUUUGCUGGAUCAAAUUUGACACAUGCCCUUUCAGGAAAAAUAAUUUGAAUCUUGUUGA